GACUUGUUUUUCCGCUACUAGCUGGCUAACUCGACACAUUCCCUGCGACUAAUUAGACUUGUCUUUGUAAACCUCUACCAUAUGUUUAUUAAAGAACGCCAGGUAUACAAAAACAAGAAGAAGAACAAAAGACGAAGCUAGCGCAAAAAAGUCCAGCAGCUGAAGAGAUUGUUGAAACAACGGGAAGAAAAACAAAACAAAACACCGCAAGAAGAAAUUAACGGUGUAAAAGAAACGUAAUCACGAGACAAAGUGCUGGAUGCUGUUUUCAAGCCUGAAGAUCGCUGACAAACAGCCAUGCAGCAACUGUUAGUGAAUAAAGAAGACAUUCUCUCUGAGUGGCAGGAAGGGAAUCAGAGUCUGGAUCAAAAGAACUCAGAGCCUACAAACAUCAAAGAGGAACUCUGGAUUGAAGAUGAAGAAAAAUCACAGUCAUCACAACUUCAUCAAAGCCAAGAAGAUGAGAGUGCAGAAGUGGAGCUUCUCUCCAGGAACUUGAACAGACACAGAACACUAAAAACAGAAGCUCAUGAAGAUGACUGUGGAGGAUCACAACCAGCCAGCAGCUCAAAUUUACAACCACAUGGUGAUGAUGUGCAGCAGUUGGUGAUUAAAGAAGAAAUUCUCUCUGUACCGCAAGAGUGGGAUCUGAGUGGUGACCAGGAGGACAUUAAAGAGGAAGAAGAGAAUCUCUGGAUAAGUCAGCAAGGACAGCAGCUUCACCAUUUGGAGGAGACUGAUGUCUCUAAGCUCACGUUCACUGCUGUCCCUGUGAAGAGUGAAAAUGACAAAAAACCACAGCCAUCACAGGUUCAUCAAAGCCAGAGUGAUGAGACCACAGAGGCUGCACCUGUAGCCAGCAGCUCAACUGUACACAGAACACUGAGAGCACAGACUGAUGGAGAGGACAGUGGAGGACCACAACCAGCAAACAAUUUGAGUCCGAAUAGUCCUUUCCAACCAGAUACCAUUGGUGGGAGUUCAGACAGUUCUGAAAAUGAAACUGACAACAGCUGUGAAUGGAAACAGACCAGAGGCCUGAGUUCAGGAUUUAACUUGCAGACAAACAGCAAUGACUCUGUUUGUAAAAGCAAGUGCAACAUUACUAAGAAAGACUUUAAAUUCUGCCAGGGUAGAAAAGCAUAUGGUCACAUGCAUGAUGCAAAGCAAAGCACAGGAAUGCAAGUAAGUGAAAAGCCAUUUAGCUGUCCUGACUGUAGCAAAAGAUUUGGUCUAAAGGGCCAUCUGAACACACACAUAAGAAUUCAUACUGGAGAGAAACCAUUUGGCUGUUCUGAAUGUGGUAAGACAUUUGGACAAAAAGGCAAUCUGAUCAGACACAUGAGAUUUCACACAGGACAGAAACCAUUUGGCUGUUCUGAGUGUGAUAAAAGUUUUGGGCAAAAGGGUGAUUUGAUUACACAUAUGAGAAUUCACUCAGGAGAGAAGCCAUUUGGCUGUUCUGAGUGUGGUAAAACAUUUGGACAGAAGGGCAAUCUGAUUACACACAUGAGAAUUCAUUCAGGAGAGAAACCAUUUAGCUGUUCUGAAUGUGGUCAAAGAUUUGGGCACAAGAGUGAUGUGAACACACACAUGAGGAUUCAUACAGGACAGAAACCAUUUGCCUGUUCCGAGUGUGAUAAAAGAUUUGGGCAUAAGAGCCAUCUGAUCACACACAUGAGAAUUCAUACGGGACAGAAACCAUUUGCCUGUUGUGAAUGUGGUAAAAGAUUUGGACAGAAUGGUGAUCUCAUCACGCACAUGAGAAUUCAUACGGGACAGAAACCAUUUGCCUGUUGUAAGUGCGAUAAAAGGUUUGGACAGAAGGCUAACCUGAUUACACACAUGAGGAUUCAUACAGGGGAAAAACCAUUUGGCUGUUCUGAAUGUGGUAAAAGAUUUGGACUAAAGGGCAAUCUGAUCACACACAUGAGAAUUCAUGCAGUGAGCAUGAGCCAGCACCAGUCUCAUCCAGCGGAAAAGUAACUAUCUUUUAUGACAAAGGGAUCCCAGCAGGAUGACAUAUCGAAGGAGGUGCAAUAAAACCUGAUAUUGUCAUCUGGAACAAGCAAGAGAAGACAGCAAAAAUUAUUGAUGUAACAGUCCCCAAUGACUAUGGCCUGAAUAGAGCUGAAAGGGAGAAAAUCACAACAUACCAAAACGUUAAAAAUUACCUACGAACAACAUGGUCAUUGAAAUAAAUAGAUAUCAUUCCAGUUGUGGUGGGAGCAACCAGGCUUAUGAAGAGGAACCUGAAAAAAUCCGAAUCCCUGGUCACCCAAGUGCAGAUAGCUGCAAUUCAGGGGAUGUUCACCAUCUUGAAAAGAGCCCUCAGAUACAAUGCCAGCAGUGUUUAGGGUGCAACUUUAGACCCCAGGUCUGGGGCCCAUUGCAUUCUACUAAAAAGCAAGCCAGUAGAAAUGGAAAAAACAAAAAGGACAGAAUAUAUCGCCCAAGUAGAGAAGGCAGUCUAGGUCUCACUGAAAUCAACCAGAGCAUCUAUAAGUAGUAUUGGACAGCAAGGAUUCUGAAGAAGUUGUCAUUAAAAAGGUAGCACAUCACAGUGACACCUUAUCCUGACAGACCUCAGUUAUCAAACUUGCAAAAAAAAAACAAAAAAAAAAAACCUUUGUCUGAGACCUCUUAGAAAAGAGAAAAAGCAACAAUCUGA